AUGGAAGAAGGAAGCACUGUUGCAGUAUUGAUGCCAAAUAUUGGGGAGCAGGAGGCUGUGCUGAUUUCUGAAACAGUCAUUGGCCCAGCACUGCAGAACAGUGAAGAUCAGAGAAAAUGUAAAACAGAUCCACUGAUCCAUGUUAUCCAGAAGCUAAGCAAAAUAGUUGAAAGUGAGAAGUCACAGAGAUGCCUUUUAAUAGGGAAGAAACGUUCCCAUCCCGAUGGUUCUGCACAGUCCUUGGACACAGAUGAUCUUGGUGAAAUCCCAGCUAAGACAAUUGAGCUAUCAGUGAUUGCUACCAAAAAGACUGAAGAGUUACAAGCAGAGUAUUUUGUGACUGAAUGUCUUCCACAAAGCAAAAACAAGGUGACGUGCUACCAGUGUAGUCUAUGUAAGUUUCUAUCACCUUCUCUCUUAACACUACAAGAACACAUAAAACAACAUGGGCAGAAAAACGAAGUGAUAUUAAUGUGCUCAGAGUGUCAUUUUGCUUCCAAAAGCCAAGAAGAACUUGAAUCCCACUUCCAAAAUUACCAUGAGAAUGGUAGUAAAAAUAACAUCCAGUCAAAAGUGCAGCAGUGCGUGAAUGUCACAAGUUCAUUUCUGCAAGGGGCAGCGGAAGGCAGUGUCAAAUCAGGGACUGAGCAGGCAGGAAAUCUGGAAUGUAAGGAUCCAGGCCAGUCUGCCCCUGUGCCUGCAGUGGGCAGGAGGAAGUGGUACACGUAUGAGCAGUAUGGCAUGUACCGGUGUCUCAUCUGCAGAUACACCUGUGGCCAGCAGAGAAUGCUGAAAACACACGCCUGGAAACAUGCAGGGGAGGUUGAUUGCUCCUAUCCCAUCUUUGAGGAAGAAAAUGAGACUACCAGCCUGUCAGAGACAGUGGUAACUCACACGCCUCAUAGUGUGGAUACAGUUGUCCUUUCUUUGGAAAACAGUGAACUCGAUCUCCAUAGUGAACCUUCUCUUCAACUUCAGAUUUGCAAUUCUGAGCAACUCUCAUGUAAAUCGCCUGUAGGAACGAGUGCAAAGGAGGAGGAGAUAAUAAAUGAGUCUGUGGUGCAUUCCCCUGCAACAGAGGUUGUAGAGGAGACUGUAUCAGAUACAGAAGCAGACAGUAUGAUAACUGACAGCCUCCUGUCCUCAGCCCAGAAAAUCAUCAACUGCAGUCCAAACAAAAAGGGCCACGUUAACGUCAUCGUGGAGCGUUUGCCAGGGGCUGAAGAAAGUGUCUUACAAAAGCCAUUCCUGAUGAACACUGACAUCGAAACGGAAAAAAAGUUAAUCUCUGAGGAGUCCCACGUUACCUGUGACGAGCCUGACCAGAUUUAUCAUCCAGGGGAAAUUCAAGAAGUAAUAAUAGAAUGGAAUAGUACUGAGAAGAGAGAGAAUGAAUUAAGCGCUGCUAAAAGUGUCACAGCUGAUGAGAAUGUGCCUCCUGCACGGAGGAGGACGAAUUCCGAGUCCUUACGACUGCACUCCUUGGCAGCAGAGGCUCUGGUUACGAUGCCCAUCAGAGCUGCGGAGCUGACACGGCCUGGCAUCAGGGCUCUGACUGGGGAGGACUCUGUGGCUGCAGGUGCGGGACAGGGAGGAGCUGAUGGCCCAGGCCUGACUCCUCCUAAAGUGGCACCGUCACUGAAGGAACCUCCGCAGGAGCUUAGCGGCUUAAACCAAAGCGAAUGUGCAAUAGUGGAGAUCAAGAAGCAGCGACCAGAGCUGUCAGAGGCACCGAUUAAAAUGGGCAUCAGCAUGUCCCUCCUGACGGUCAUCGAGAAGCUGAAGGAGAGGACGGACCAGAACGCCUCCGACGACGACAUUCUGAAGGAGCUGCAGGACAAUGCUCAGUGCCAGGACGCGGGCGAGGCGGGCGCUGCGGGCAGUAACCUGGUGGAGUACCUGGCGAGCGCCGACAGGCCCUACCGCUGCCGCCUCUGCCACUACAGCAGCGGCAACAAGGGCUACAUCAAACAGCACCUGCGCGUGCACCGCCAGAGACAGCCCUACCAGUGCCCCAUCUGCGAGCACAUCGCCCGCAGCAGCAAGGACCUGGAGAGCCACAUGAUCCACCACUGCAAGACCAGGAUGUACCAGUGCAAGCAGUGCGAGGAGUCCUUCCAUUACAAGAGCCAACUGCGAAAUCACGAAAGAGAGCAACACAGUCUUCCAGAUCUCUUUUCAACAGCUGCAUCAAACAAGCUAAUAGUUUCCACUGAAGCAGAUGACAGAGAAGGAAACAAGCCCUCUGUUCAGAAGCUGUACAGGUGUGACGUGUGUGACUACACCAGCACCACGUACGUCGGCGUGCGGAACCACCGGCGCAUCCACAGCUCCGACAAGCCAUACAGAUGUUCUCUCUGUGGAUAUGUAUGUAGCCAUCCCCCAUCCCUGAAGUCCCACAUGUGGAAACAUGCAAGUGACCAAAACUACAACUAUGAGCAAGUGAACAAGGCUAUUAAUGAUGCAAUUUCACAGAGCAGUAGGUUUCAAGGACAGCUCACUGACAAAACCUUAUUAGAAGGCACAGAUGAAAGUACAGUCCCUAUCCUAAGAGGUUCAGACAACUUGGUGUCUUUCACAGAGUCUGUUACCCAGACUGGGAAUGAAAUGUCAGGUUCUGAUGAAAAUGAAAAGCCUAACUUGAUGAAUACCUCAUGCAGUUUAGAAAAGAACUCCACUCUACCCCACCUUGGCACAGAAUACUGUGUUCUCCUCUUCUGCUGCUGCAUUUGUGGCUUUGAGUCUACCAACAAAGAAAAUCUGCUGGAUCACAUGAAAGAACACGAGGGCGAAAUCAUAAACAUCAUCCUAAACAAGGAGCACGGCACAACUCAGAGUACAAACUAG